UUGACGUCAAACGUUUGGUUUAUAUUGGAGCUAAUUGAAAUUUUCAAAUUUCACAUUCUAAAUUUAACUAUAAAUUAUAGAAAAUAAGUUUAAAAAAGUUUAAAACACAAUAAGAAUGGAAAAACGAAAGUCAGUUAUCCAUUGGUUUCGAAAAGGUUUGCGAAUACAUGAUAAUCCAGCAUUGAUUGCAGCAAUCGAUGCUGUACAAAAGAACAAAGACUACGUACUACGACCAAUCUACAUCCUUGAUCCAGAAUGGACACAGUUCUGGCGAAUGAGCGCAAACAAAUGGCGAUUUUUACACCAAUCACUCGUACAACUUGAUGAAAAUCUAAAAACGUUAAACACACGAUUGUACGUGAUCCGGGGAACGCCAAAAGAAGAAUUUCCUCGUCUAUUCAAAGAGUGGAAUGUAACGCUCAUGACAUUCGAAGCAGAAAUCGAACCGUUCAAUCAACGUCGUGAUGCAUUGGUAAAAGUGAAUGCCGAUAAGUGUAACGUAAAACUUGAAGAAUUUCAUUCGCAUACCAUUUAUAAUCCGUACUAUGUGUUGCAAAGUAACAAUAAUGAGGUUAUAAUGCGGUACCAAUCAUUUGUGUCACUUGUCGAGAGAAUAAAUGUUCAGCCGGCACUCGAAAUCACCGACAAACACAAAAUGAAGCUAGAACAUCGGCCACCGAAAGACACCAAAGAGAAGGCGAAUGCAUCAUGUUACGAUUUACCCGAAUUGAAUGAGCUGCCGAUGGAUGAAUCAACAUUGGGUCCAAAUAAAUUUCCCGGUGGUGAAAAUGAAGCACUCGAUCGAAUGGAAAAAAUGUUAAGCCGAAAGGAAUGGAUCUGUGAUUUUGAGAAGCCAAAAACAUCACCAAAUUCUAUAGAACCAAGUACAACGGUCCUCAGUCCGUAUUUUUCAUUCGGCUGUUUAAGUUCACGACUAUUUUAUCAUAAAUUGAAAGCAAUAUUGAGUAAAAAAGAGAAACACACCCAACCACCGGUAUCGUUAAUGGGCCAGUUGAUGUGGCGAGAAUUUUAUUAUGCGGCCGCUGCUGCCGGUCCAAAUUUCGAUAAGAUGGUUGGCAAUAAAAUUUGUCGCCAAAUACCAUGGAAAUUUGAUCAAGAAUUGCUGGACGCCUGGGCACACGGUAAAACUGGAUAUCCAUUCAUCGAUGCAAUAAUGCGGCAGCUCAGAACUGAAGGAUGGAUCCAUCAUUUGGCCCGACAUGCUGUCGCUUGCUUCUUGACACGAGGCGAUUUAUGGAUAUCAUGGGAGCAAGGGCAACACGUUUUUGAAGAAUUAUUACUUGAUGCUGAUUGGGCACUUAAUGCCGGUAAUUGGAUGUGGUUGUCAGCUUCAGCAUUUUUCUAUCAAUAUUUUCGUGUUUAUUCGCCGGUUGCGUUUGGAAAGAAAACCGAUCCCUUUGGAAAUUACAUUCGAAAAUAUUGUCCAGAAUUGAAAGAAUAUCCGAGUCAAUUUAUUUACGAACCAUGGAAAGCAACAGUAGGUGAACAACGUCGGUUCCAUUGUGAAAUUGGAAAAGAUUAUCCGAAACGCAUUGUUAUUCAUGAAGUGGCUCAAGAUCUCAACAAAGGUCGUAUGAAACGAGCAUAUGAUGUUCAUAAUGGAAGACGUGAUGAAGGCGAACCAUCUGAAAAAGUAUUUGUUAAAGAAGAAACUCAUAAGCCACUCAAGAUUGAAAUCAAACAGGAGGACUCUGAUUAAAAAUGUAAUUUUCUGGCAAAAAAUGUAAUUUUCGUGUAAAGUUUUCAUUUUACGAUUUAAUAAAUUGUCAUGAAAUUUAAUUUAUGUA